CAAAGUUAUCUUCCUCUGCUUGUCUCUGAUUCCAGUGGAGCGCUUCCAAGAAGAGUUUGUGAUCAGUCUUCAAUACACAGAUACGUGGGAUAACUGCAUCCUGUCUUAUGCCAUAUGGGGCAGUGACUUCUUGGAAAAUCUCUCUCCUCUGGAUUAAGGUGUAUUGCAGAAAGUGACUCCCGGAUCAUCUCGGCUGCAUGAACUCUUGAGCUGUCAGGGGACUGAGAGGCUUAUGAGGAGGUUCUGUCAGGCAAAACAGUGCCUAGCAAAGACACCGAGGAGGAGGGAAAAGGAGAAAGGGGAGGGGGAGCGGAGCUGAAACACUCAAGCAAACCAUGAGAUCUAUCCGAUCUUUUGCUAAUGAUGACCGCCAUGUAAUGGUGAAACACUCAACCAUUUAUCCAUCUCCAGAGGAACUUGAAGCUGUCCAGAACAUGGUAUCGACAGUUGAAUGUGCCCUUAAACAUGUCUCUGACUGGCUGGAUGAAAAGAACAAGGCUAUGAAAAGUGAAGGAGAUGUGGAAGCAAAGGAGGAAGCUGUAGAGAGCAAUGCCAAGGAUCAAGGUGGUCGGACCUUGUGUGGUGUAAUGAGAAUUGGCUUGGUUGCAAAGGGCUUGCUGAUAAAAGAUGAUAUGGAUUUGGAGCUGGUUCUCAUGUGCAAAGAAAAACCCACAAAGACCUUGUUAUAUAUAGUCAAAGACAAUCUCCCAAUCCAAAUUCAGAAACUCACAGAGGAGAAGUACCUCGUGGAGGAGCGUGUAAAUGAGGCAGCUAUUAUUAUUCGUAACACAAAGGAGCCCAAGCUAACGCUGAAGGUGGUUCUCACGUCCCCUCUCAUUCGAGAUGAAGCCGAGAAGAAGGAUGGAGAUAAUGUUGCGAUGAAAGAUCCUCCGGACUUAUUGGACAGGCAGAAAUGCCUGGAGGCCUUGGCGUCUCUGCGGCACGCCAAAUGGUUUCAGGCCAGGGCAAAUGGACUAAAAUCAUGUGUAAUUGUCCUACGUAUUCUGCGUGAUUUGUGCAACAGAGUCCCCACGUGGGCACCACUGAAAGGAUGGCCACUAGAGCUUAUAUGUGAAAAAUCUAUAGGUACUUGCAAUAGACCCUUGGGUGCUGGAGAGGCCUUGCGACGAGUGAUGGAGUGCUUGGCGUCUGGAAUCCUGCUCCCCGGGGGCCCUGGUCUAUAUGAUCCCUGUGAGCGGGACCCAACAGAGGCCAUGUCCUAUAUGACGGUUCAGAAAAGAGAAGCCAUUACACACAGCGCUCAGCAUGCGCUCAGAUUAUCAGCCUUUGGUCAGAUCUAUAAGGUGCUGGAAAUGGACCCCCUCCCAUCAAACAAAUCAUUUCAGAAAUACUCCUGGUCAGUAGCUGACAAAGAAGGUGCAGGCUCCUCUGCUCUGAAGAGGCCAUUUGAAGAUGGAGUAGGGGAUGAUAAAGAUCCAAAUAAAAAGAUGAAGCGCAACUUGAGAAAAAUCCUAGACAGUAAAGCAAUAGAUCUCAUGAAUGCUUUGAUGAGGCUGAACCAAAUCAGGCCAGGUCUUCAGUAUAAGCUUCUGUCACAGUCUGGUCCAGUCCAUGCCCCGGUCUUCACCAUGUCUGUAGAUGUUGAUGGUACAACAUAUGAAGCAUCAGGACCUUCUAAGAAAACAGCCAAACUCCAUGUGGCAGUAAAGGUUUUACAAGCAAUGGGCUACCCCACUGGCUUUGAUGCAGACAUUGAAUGUAUGAGCUCUGAUGAAAAAUCAGAUAAUGAAGGUAAAAAUGAGACAGUGUCUUCAAUCUCAAGCAAUAAUACUGGAAAUCCUACUGUCGACACCUCCACUACCUUAGAGCAGGUAAGAACUCAGGGCCCUAUUCUCACGGCGAGUGGCAAAAACCCAGUAAUGGAGCUCAACGAAAAAAGAAGAGGUCUUAAGUAUGAGCUCAUCUCCGAGACAGGUGGGAGCCAUGAUAAGCGCUUUGUAAUGGAGGUAGAAGUAGAUGGGCAGAAGUUCAGAGGCGCAGGUCCAAAUAAGAAGGUAGCAAAAGCUAGUGCCGCCUUAGCAGCACUUGAGAAGCUGUUUUCUGGGCCAAAUGCAGCAAACAACAAGAAAAAGAAGAUUCUCCCUCAGACUAAAGGAGUUGUAAAUACAGCUGUGUCUGCAGCGGUCCAGGCUGCUCGAGGCAGAGGACGGGGUGCUUUAACGCGAGGGGCAUUUGUUGGGGCAGCCGCUGCUACUGGAUACUUAGCACCAGGCUAUGGGGCACCAUAUGGGUAUAGCACAGCUGCACCAGCCUACGGUUUACCCAAGAGAAUGGUUCUGUUACCAGUUAUGAAAUUCCCAACAUAUCCUGUUCCCCACUACUCAUUCUUUUAGCAAAUGGCAGAAGCUAAUUCCUAUUGAUUGAACAACACAGUACAGUACAGAAUGUUAGAAGAGAAAAAGCCUUUUUAUCCUGUUUUCUUUGAACACAUACUUGAGCAAAGUCAUUUGUAAAGAAACAUCUUUUCCUACUUUUUGAUUUUAACAAAAUGCAAAUUUAGUUCUCUAAAACUUGAAAAAAAUGUUCUGUGAAAUGUUACCUCAUUUUCAAAUAACUUAUACCAGCCUUCUGUUAUAGGGAAGAACUAGAAGCUUAAACCUUACAUUUUAAAUGAAGUAUUCGAUUAUGUAAAAUUAAAUUUGUGAAGGAUGUAUAGAAUAUAAAACACUGAUCACAAAUAAACUGUUUUGUCGUAACACAGAGUACUGCCUGUUUCCUAAUGCAGUCACGCAGGAUCUCAGUUAAUAACCUGUAUUUGUUGUAGGGCUACUUAAUACAGGGUGUAGUUAUUUAAAAAAGAAAAAAAAAGAAAGUCAUACAAUAGAAAUGUUUCAGUUAAAUUUUAACUUUGUAAAUAUUAAGGUGUGCAAUAAAGCUAGAAAAAUAUGGGUUUAAAUAUUGUCUUAGCUUAUUAUUUUUAUAUAUAUUUCCAAGCAUCAAUACCUUGAAAGGGUUCCCUUAGCAUCUUUAAAAUCAAGGAAGUCAGCAUACCGCAAGGCUCAGUAAGUUAGACACUGUCUUAGUUAUCCAAGAAGGCUUAUCAUUUGUAUAGAAAAUGCUGAAAAAGAAAACAAAGGGAAUUAUUAACAUUAGAUGGUCUCUUUGUAUUCAGUUAUACUGUGUGAAGCUUGUAUUAAACAAGGGAAAUUCCCAUACAAAGACCUUGUUAUGUACGCAGAAUACGUAGUUAAGUCUGUAUUGCCCAGAGAAAGGACAAUAAUAAUGUUAUAAGUUCUUUAGAGUUCAAAAGUUGGUUUCUUUUUUUUACAAAAAAAUAAAUGAAUAAGUUGC